GGUAAAUAUUGCAACUCGAGGGUGUUAAACGAGUGAUGUUUUGAUUUGAACAAGAUGGCCAUGGACUGUGACUAUUCUCUUCUCAAUGUCAACAUAAAUUACCAUAACUUCCCAGCUAAGUUAUGGCGUUUGACAAACAAUCCCCAAAACAGCUCUGUGUUCUGGAGCCCAACCGGAGAGAGCUUAAUAGUGGACCAGCAGCAGUUUGAAGUUGACCUGCUGACUCCAAUUAAGCUUGACAAUAAACCCUUUAAGACCUCCAACUUCACCAGCUUCAUCCGGCAGCUCAACCUCUACGGCUUCAAGAAGAUUUUUGACGGUUCUCCCAGAGACAAACACAGAAACCGGCAUCAUUUCUACAAUCCCAACUUCAGACGAGGCCAACCAGAGCUUCUGGUCCAUCUGAAGAGGCUGACACUCAGUAAAAAGACCAAGACCAAGAUUGGAGAGAAGGAAAGCUGUCGUCCACUGAGCCGAGGACAGCAGAAAACUCAACGCAACCCUGCAGAAGAGAAUAGAGGUUCUGCCCAGCUCUCAGGAGGUGCAGCCCAUCAGCAGCCAGAGUAUGAGCAAAGCCCAAUGACUGGCCACUCCUGGAUCUUUCCCUGCGCUGAUGCCUCCUCCUUCUACUCUAACACAGGCCUCCCGCUGUCUGUUUAUCCAUACAGUAGUAUGCCUGUAGGACCUCAUUCUGGUCCUGCCUUUCUGUUUCCACAGGACAUUCCCCAUCACCUGUCCUAUCCUGCUGGACUUUACUCUCCAGUUUGCCAGUGCUGCACUCAUACGCAAGCGGACCAAGCAGGAGGCAACCAAACAUCUCAUCUGUCAUAUUCACAUUAUGCAUAUUACCCGAAUUAUUCAGUGAGCCACCAACAAAGCAGCUUCCAGCCCACAAACUGGCCAGUGCACCAUGUGUCUGAGCAGAGAGGAGACAUGAACCUGGACAGAGCGUUUCGGAUGGUGGAUGAUUUCCAGGGUCUGUCAAAUGUUCGUAUAGUCCAGGUGGGACCCCCAGUAAAACCCCAGCUCAUCUCCAACCCACCUCUCUACACUAUACCUUCUGCUCCUAAAGCUCAGUCUGUGAGUCUGCAGAGCAUCGAGACUAUGACCUUCAGUCCUCCAAAAGACACUGACACAUAUGAAGACCACAGCCAAAUUAAAGCAGAUCUGGAGUCUUUAGAACAGUUAAAAGAUGGCGGUCUGUCUUUUAAGGUCACAAUUGAGAACGUGAAGGAGGAAAACAUAAGAAAUGAACUUCAGAUCAACACUCACCGCAGCUCAUUUUGGACAGAUUCUGAUUUCUGAUCUGUAUGUCAAAUUUGUUCAGUCAUUCAGAUUUAGUGUUUUACUGUUUUAUGAUUGUAGAGUUCCAUUGAAGAUUGAUCAGCAUAUGUGCAAGACAUCUAAUCAAAAUAUUACAUGUAAACCGCUGCAUGAAAUAUUUAUGAAAGUUUUGUUUAGGUGAUUUGAAGUGCUGUUGUUAAAAUUCAUAUUUUCAAAAUGUGUUUUCUCAGAGGAUUUUAAAUGUAACACUAAAUGCCGUGCUGUUCUUAACAUAGCACAAGAGCGAAAGUCAGAUUUUAGUACCAGUGAGAUGAACUGAUUUGUUUUCAGCCUUUUAGGAUUUGAAUAAAUGCAAAACAAAUGAUAAACCUGA